CUCCCCGGGAGUCACGCUUCUUCCAUGUAAGAGAGUGCAGAGGUAUUUCCUCCCCCCCCAUCCCCAGUCCUCUCCCUCGUUGUCGUCCCGGGCGAGGGUGCCUGAUGGAGACGUGGGAUCGCGCGGCAGACCUCCAUUGACUCCGGGACAGACAGAAUGGAAACGGUGGAGCAACUGGUGUCAUUCCAGCAUACCCAGGUCCAGCUUCAGGGAGGCGCUCCUUGGGGCUUCACGCUGAAAGGGGGGCUGGAGCACGGAGAACCGCUCAUUAUCACCAAAAUUGAAGAGGAUGGGAAGGCAGCCCAGUGCAGGAAGCUCCGGCUGGGAGAUGAGCUGGUCAACAUUAACGGCUCCGCUCUGUACGGCUCCCGCCAGGAGGCCCUCAUCCUCAUCAAGAGCUCGUACCGGACGCUCAGGAUGGUCGUGCGCAGGCGCAGCGUCCCUGUGAUCCGGCCGCAUUCCUGGCAUCUGGCCAAGCUGUCCGAGCCACCCGGCGCUGACGGGCCCCCUGCCAUGCAGCUGCACUCCGGGCCCUUCGGCGUCCCGUGGCCCUCGGCAGGAGAGAGCAGUGACUUGUCCAUGCAGUGGAGCCAGCUGUCCCGCUACUGCAGCACGGACCGCAGCAGCUCGCUGGGCAGCAUGGAGAGCCUGGACCCCCCUUGCCAGGGCUGCUGUGACAGCCAGCUGUCGCCCGUCGACCCCGUCAUCUUCAGCAACAAGCGGGAUUCCGCGUACAGCUCCUUCUCCGCCAGCUCCAACACCUCCGACUACACGGUCUCCCUCCGGCAGGAGGACGCCAGCUCUGUAGACAGCCUCUUCCAUAGCCUGGGCUCCUGUCGCUAUGCCGACGGGCGCUGCCAAGACCCCGACGGCGAUGCGGGCCUCUUCCCCGAGGAGCCCAACAGGAAGAGCUACUCCUCCUGCAGACGCCCAGAGGCCCGGGCUCGGCCAUUCUCGUACGGUUACGAGGAGGAGCGAGGCCCCUCCUCUGCUGCCAGGGUGCCCCCACAGCCUCCCGUGAGGAGGGACAGCUUCCGGGCUACACGAGGUCGGCCGCGGGCCACCGAGCAGCGCUGCGUUUCUGCUCCCGUCGACAUCUCGGGCAUCACCGGAUGUUGGGUCGAGGAUCCCAUGAAAAUCCAGGACCGGACCUCAGCUGCGACUCCGUGCAAGUUGGCAGACAGCAAACCCUGCCAGCAGGGAUGCUCACUGGAUCAGUACUACACCUUCAACUCGGAGCUGGAGGCCUGCGACUGCAGCCAACGUACAUCUUGCAAGGAGAACCUCUCUGCCUCCCAUCUGCUACCAGGAAUGUCACCCUCCCCUUCUCCUUGCCCUCUGGAUCCUCCCAGUGGGGGUGUGAGGGAGAGCGUGCAGCCCCCCUGCAGCUUACCCAAGGCCCCCAAGAACAAGCUCGGUGUGGCGAGUCACAGGCACAGCGCACCCGACUCCUUGCUGUCCACAGAGCUGUCCACACUGACCCUCCCCGGCAGCCCCAGGCUGGACAGCGACUUAAACCCUCAUGGUCCAUGGUCCAGAUCUUCACUACACUGUGAAGAAGAUCCAGAGAACGAUUCUGGCAAAAAUACGAUGCCUCUGGAGAAGUGGUCCAGCAGCAGGUGCUCCACACCCGGCUCGGUCGCAGCUUCUGAGCCCGAAGAUCCACAGGCGGAGGGAGAAGCUGCCCAGUCUACCGCGAGCCUGCUCUGUACUCGCCAAACGUGGUGCUCCUCUCUUACCGUGCCUGGAGAAGAAUCAGCAGAGCCUCCCCAGCCAGAGGAACCUGCGGCUCUAGAAGAAGAUUGCAGAGGUCUAUACACGGUCGCCGGCAGAGACGCUCUUGAGCAGGGGAAACGAGACAGAGAUGGAUUCGGGGAUAGAGAGUCCCUAAUUCAAGUGGGCAGGCAGGACUGCUCUAGGCAGCGCCGCCUGUCCAAAUCCCUCCGCCGCAGCGAACGCUUCGCCACGAAUCUGCGCAACGAGAUCCAGCGUAAAAAGGCACAGCUGCUGAAGUGCAGAGACUCGGCCAACCUCCUGCAAGGUGAGGAGCCCCUGGAGGAGGAGGAGUGGGGGGAGCAGCACAGCCUUGGUGCAUCCUCCGACAUCGCGGCAGCAUCCAGCAAAAUUGCCGCUCCUCCGACUUCCAGCGGCAAAGGUCACAGUAGCUUAGGAGACCCUACGUGGGGCUCCCAGCACACGGAGCAAGCUGGGCUUUGUCACAUCAGAGUGCUGGAGGAGCCCGGACCAGCAGGAAAACCACGGCGGUGGCGUUGGACGCGGGAGACGGAGCCGUCCUGGACUGCUGGCAGAAGAGCGUCGGAAGAAAGUACUAAACCAGUGACUAAACCUCACUCCUGGUCUAAACUGGAAAAUACUGACAUCCCUCCUUUCGCAGACCGCAGAAAGUUCUUUGAGGAGACCAGCCGGAGCGUGCCUGUGUUAAGCCAGCCCGGUCCGACCAGUUACCGGCAAAGGCCGGAUAUGCAACGGAGAAACCUGGAGCAAGUCAAGAUGGAGACUCCUGGGCGGAGAACAGAAGUAAACCAGCGGCGCUAUUCCUACCAGGGAGAUGUUGGUGAUGACGUCUUAUACCACCAACUCCAUGAAGCGAGGAGCACUCUGUCCGGCAGCUUCGACGCUGAUCAGCAGAUAACCCAGCCCGGCCUGAAUAACCACUACGGCGGUGAUCCGCUCGACAAUCCUGAAGUACUGGAGGUCAAACGGUUUCCCCAUAUUGAUGAGAACAGUGUCCGUCUCCCCAUCUCAUGCUUGGGUAAUCAGAUCAGCCCUCAGGAGAAACCGGGACCGAAGCAGAUGUGCAGGGCUCCGCUGGAGGUACAUCCCAUGAAGAUGAUGGAAGCAAGUAAACUGAGUAGAAAUUUAAGUCUGACAGAGAGGGAUUUACUUAACUGUAGGUCUGGCCUCCGGCCACCAGAGGGCGCUACACCGCCACACUGCGAUAACGUCGGUAUAGUUGAGACACGGCGUGCAUGCGACACAAAGGAAGACGCAGCGCAGCACGCGCAGCGCGGGCGGGCCCUGUCCGAGGGCAGCGUCCACCUGGCACAGCGGCUUCAGACAAAUGCUGUAACGAUUCACAUUUCCGCGGCGGAAAAACCAACAGAAAGCGGCAUUGCGGCCCGCAAGAAGGGGGUGCCCCCACCACGCCCGCCCCCUCCCGACUGGGAGAAGUUCUACCGCAGGAGGGCAUCUCACCAGAGCUUGUUUUCGCGCCCCUUUUCCCCUGCCGAGGAAACCCCAUACCCGGCUCGGCCCCAGGAGCAUGCUGGGUACCUUGAUGUGACCCGACAGCGGUCCCACAGCCUGCCGCUUAGCGAUGGCACGAGGUGCGUCACCGUCCUGCAGGAGACCUGUAGACCGGCCAUCACCAAGGGGGAGGCUCCUUCACAGGCCGUCCCAUAUGCGAAGUUGUCCGUGUCAGAAAGUGCAUCGAACGCAGAACAGGAACCAGCCCGGCUCUCAGAUCCCGCCCAUCUGGACUCUUGGGGUGGGACCCAGCGGAAAGUCAGCAGUCAGAGUGUGACGGAAAAGGAGCCCGCCAUGGUGCAGUUCUCCCCGGAGAUCCGUCCCUCGGGGAGCCCUGAGACAUCCACCGACGCAGAGCCAAGUUUAGUUCAUCCGGAAGCUGGCGGGGUGAUGGAAGAGCCCUUGGAGACGGACAUCGAUACUCCACAGGCAGCAGAAGCGGCGGGCAGCUCGGCCAAGGGGCAUCCUCGGGGUCCAGCACGCCCCGGGACUGUGCUGGAGACGGACAUAGACAUGGUCCCAGAAGACAGUCCCUCAGCCGGAGGUGCACUGAUGGCCCGUCCUGGCCCUGCAGCACAGGUCCGCGGUGGGGGUGCUGAGGAGACGGCAGAAGCCAAGCUCUUGGAGGAGCUUCUCCCACAGGGUGGAGGAGGGGACGUGAGCAGGGAGGUCUGGAGGGGCGGCAGGAGCGGGCUGGAGCUGAGCGUCGACACCUUGGAAAGGCGAGCCAGACGGCCCCCCUCCGAUCCUCCAGGCCCAGGGAGCAGGUGCUUGUCAUAUUACGCAACCUCUGCUGCCAAAGCACAGCUUCUUACCAAAAUGAAGGAACAGACGGGCUUCGGGGAGGAUGAGGAAGAUCACGAGCACUCCUAUAAGAAGCAGCAGCUGAUCGAGAGCCUGGAGAAGAAACUGGGUGUGCUGCGGGAAGCUCAGCGAGGCCUGCGUGAGGACAUCCAAGCCAACUGCCAGCUCGGAGAAGAGGUGGAAGCGCUGGUGCUGGCCGUGUGCAAGCCCGGCGAGGUCGACAAGUACCGCAUGUUCAUCGGGGACCUGGACAAGGUGGUGAGCCUGCUGCUGUCGCUGUCUGGGAGGCUGCUGCGUGUGGAGAGCACCCUGGAGAGUCUGGGCGCGGACUGCAGGUCCCAGGAGCGGCUCGGUCUCCUGGAGAAAAAGAAGCAACUCCUCGGUCAGCUGGGGGAGGCGCAGGAGCUGAAGGAGCACGUGGAGCGACGGGAGCAGGCCGUGUGCCGGGCCCUGGGCCGCAACCUGCCCCCGGAGCAGCUCCGCGACUACAGCCAAUUCGUCAAGAUGAAGGCCGCCCUGCUGGUGGAGCAGCGGCAGCUGGAGGACAAGAUCCGGCUGGGCGAGGAGCAGCUAUGCGGGCUGAGGGAGAGCCUGGCGCUGGGCGGCGUGUUAGACUGGGCCUCCGGCUUCUGCUGACUCCGGGGCUGGGGGGCAGUCAUGGAGGUGGAUGGCAAUAGUGCGCCCCCUGGGGGCUAUAGGGAUAACUAACCAAGAUAUCUGCUUUACAGUGGAAAGACUGGAACAAACUAUGGUGCUUAUCACUAUUCUUCUGUUUCUAUUUGCUAAUUGUAACCAUUACCUUAACAGACGUGCUUGGAUGCGGGAGAGAGUUGGGCUGUGGGCCAUUUCGAUUCCGUAACUGUAAUGUCACAUAAAGUCACUGCAAGGUGUCAUACCAGUGUUUUUAUUUUCUCCUAUAACCACAGACAAUUGUUAUUUAUUUAUUUAUUUAUUUUAAUUCCAUGUCACAUGACUGGCCCAAGGGAGCUUCUCUUCAAGGCCUUCUCUGGGCCAGGCCAUGCCCACCCCCCACCCCCAAAUUUGCCUCCUUUUGUUUUUCCCCCCACUUUUAAGUAUUCUUAUGUCUCACUUCCAAUUCAGGUUUUCUAAGGCUUUGUACCAAAGGAGAGAAGUGUGGUCAUACUGGCACCAACCUCUGUUAUGCAGCACUGCUAUAGCGUGUUUUAAAAGCCUUUUGUAACUCGCGUGUAGCAGAUUUCUUAUCCAUUGCAUAAAUGUACUGAUCUGAACUGUGACGAUGAAGCUGUCAGAUUUGUCUUUAGAUGGCAUCAUUAGUAGAUUGGCAUUAGCACCACUGUGGGCAGUGGUGGCUUAAUGGUUAGGGAAGUGCACUUGUAACUGAAAGAUUGCAGGUGUGAAUCCCCGACCAGCAAAGCACCUUUGAGGUACCCUGAGCAAGGUACCGCCCCCAAGCACUGCUCCCCGGGCUGAAUUAGCUGCAUGCCACAUUGUCACAUAUGGGUUAAAUGCAGAGGAUGUAUUUCAUUGUGCCAACAAUAACAAUUAAUCGCUAAGUUCUAGUUCAGUAAGGAUCAGGUUUCACAGCACAAACACAGACCCCUUCUUUGUCCAUUUAGUCAUUUGACGCUGUCGGUAAGCCAGUGAAAUUGAACAUGUAAUCAAGAGAUAUACAGUCAAAGAAGGAAACUCCACUGAAGUAAAUGCUUCUGUACCAUAGCAAAUGAAAUGGGAUGUUUGUCAGAAUCCGUAAAGCACGCACCGCCUUUCUCACCGCCUGCAGUUCCUUACAUACUGACAAUUGUUUUUGUGCCAAAAAAAGGAAAUGUAUAUAAUUCUUUUUUUUUUUUUUUUAAUUUAUGCCAUAUAUGUAUUUUGUCUUAAUUCUGUUCUGUGUAUAUAAAACUUUGUAUGUUAUGCUUAUUUGUUCCCAUAUAGUUUCUCGCUUGAAACAUUUAUACUUAUUUUCUCAAUUUAUUGCAAAACAUUUUGUAAGACAUGCAUACCCGUAA